UCAGUCUAAAGGAACGAGUCGCGGCAGUAUACGAGUCACGAAUAACUUUCCCCCCACUGAACGGGAUGCCCCGCCCAUGAGUGAUCUAACGCCGAUCAAACAUUCCAACGGCACGGAUGCGGAGGUGUAGUCGGAUGUUUCGUUUCUCCGGGUUGCAACGUGUCUAGAGAGACAGUGAAAGCUUAUCGUUAUAUUAAUAUAAUCGCAAUUGUCAAUCGAGAGCCCGCGUACAACGAAGGGAACAAACGCUGCAAAGAAGCGAGAGAAAAAGAGAGAAAGAGAGUGUUAACGUUGUGACAUGUCCAUUCUAGACGAGCGCGACGAGUACCUGAAGAAUCCGUACUUCAAGGAACACGAGUACGGCGACUACACACCGUUCUAUGCUACGGUGGCCUUCUGUGCCGUUCUGGGCGGCUUCCUGUUUAUCCUGAACAUCGUGUUCUGCUGGUGCUCGCGGCACCGGGAAUACUGGCAGGAUCGCAAUACUGGCAAUAGGUGGAUUCAGCCAAUGUGGACUGUAUUACCACAUAAGACGCCACCUCUUGAUCUGAGUGAGCUGGAGCCCGGACGCAUCAAGUAUCCUCUAGUGAGGCACGAGAUCAUCCAAUAUCACGAUCCGGAAUCCCACGGCAUCUCGCCACAUCCGCAAGAGUACCUGGAGAUGCAGAAACGCGAAAGUGAGAUCUGAAAAAUAUAAUCGGCGACCAAUUGACCAUCGUGGUAUCGGA